CAGCAUCGGAGCCCGGCCCGGCCCGGCGUCGUUCCCCGCCGCUCGGCGCCCGCCUGGCCGUUGCCGUCCCGGGCGGGGAAGGAUUGAUGUGGAGGCCCAGAGCGGCCCCCCGCCGCCGCCGCCAUGCAGCCUCCGCCGAGGAAGGUGAAAAUCACUCAAGAGCUGAAACUCAUCCAGGCCGAGCAGAUGACAAAACUUCAAGCAAAGCAUCAGGCAGAAUGCGACUUACUCGAAGACAUGAGGACCUUCAGCCAGAAGAAAGCAAUGAUUGAGAGAGAAUAUGCACAGGGGAUGCAGAAGUUGGCUAGCCAGUACUUAAAGAAAGAGUGGCCUGGCGUGAAAACGGAGGAACGAAACGACUUUAGGAGCCUGUACCCUGUAUGGAAAUCAUUUCUAGAAAGCACAGUGCAAGUCGCCCAGUCCCGGAUCAAUAUCUGCGAAAACUAUAAAAAUCUCAUUUCGGAGCCUGCCAGGGCAGUGAAGUGCUUUAAAGAACAGCAGCUGAAAAAGUGCGUGGACCAGCUGAUUAGGAUCCAGACUGAACUUCAGGAGACUGUCAAAGAUUUAGCGAAGGGGAAGAAGAAAUAUUUCGAAACGGAGCAGAUGGCCCAAACUGUCCGGGAAAAAGCCGACAUUGAGGCCAAGUCAAAACUUAGUCUUUUUCAAUCGAGGAUAAGCUUACAGAAAGCAAGUGUAAAAUUAAAAGCACGCCGGUCUGAGUGUAACUCCAAAGCUACUCAUGCAAGGAAUGAGUAUCUUCUCACGUUAGCAGCUGCCAACGCGCACCAAGACCGCUACUAUCAAACGGACUUGGUAAACAUUAUCAAGGCUCUUGACGGCAAUGUAUAUGACCACCUUAAGGAUUAUUUAAUGGUAUUCAGCAGGACUGAAUUAGAAAUAUGCCAAUCUGUACAAAGCACAUUCCAAUUUCUUUUGGAAACGUCAAGCCGGAACGUAGCUAGCAUGUCAGUAAUUGGGACCCACCAGGUAGUGCGAGAUUACAAUUUUCAGCUCUUCUUGCAAGAAAACUCGGUCUUUCACAAGCCGCAGUCCUUCCAGUUUCAGCCGUGCGACAGCGACACCAGUUUUAGUGCCGUUCAGCUGGUGGAUAUUGAGCCCUCACUUGUCAGUGCCCUCAGAGUGACCUUAGUGGAGAGUCGGCAACUGGAGUCUGAGACGGGGACGACCGAAGAGCACAGCUUGAACAAGGAAGCCAGAAAGUGGGCGACUCGCGUCGCCCGGGAGCACAAAAACAUCGUCCACAGCCAGCGGACCCUGGACGAGCUGGAGUGCCACGGGCCGGUGGCGACCGAACAGAACCGAGCGGAGCUGGAGCAGAAGAUCGACGAAACCAGGGAGAAUAUUCGCAAAGCCGAGAUCAUAAAGUUGAAAGCCGAAGCUCGCCUCGACCUCCUGAAGCAGAUCGGCGUUUCGGUGGACACCUGGCUGAAAAGUGCAAUGAAUCAAGUGAUGGAGGAACUGGAGAACGAGCGGUGGGCCAACCUCCCGGCCAUGGCCAGCAACGGCUCUUCGCACUUGCUAAACGUUGACCUGGAGAGGGAAGAAGGGGAAGAUGGCAUGGAUGCUUUUGAAGACAGCAACUCCAGUCCUUCGGGCACCCUCCGAAAUUACCCGCUGACCUGCAAAGUCGUUUAUUCGUACAAGGCCUCGCAGCCGGACGAAUUAACCAUUGAGGAACACGAGGUUUUGGAAGUGAUCGAAGAUGGCGAUAUGGAAGACUGGGUAAAGGCCCGGAAUAAGUCAGGCCACGUGGGUUACGUGCCGGAGAAAUAUUUGCAGUUCCCGACCUCCAACAGCCUCCUGAGCAUGUUGCAGUCCCUGGCAGCGUUAGACAGCCGGUCUCACACGUCCAGCAAUUCUACCGAAGCCGAGCUCGCUUCGGGAAGCCUUAAUGGAGACUCCAGUGUCUGUUUUGUAAAAGCACUUUACGACUACGAGGGUCAGACGGACGACGAGCUCUCCUUUCCCGAAGGUGCCAUCAUCCGCAUCCUGAACAAAGAAAACCAGGACGACGACGGAUUCUGGGAAGGAGAGUUCAAUGGCCACGUCGGGGUUUUCCCUUCCGUCCUGGUCGAAGAACUGACCGCUUCCGAAAACGGAGAGGUCGCCUGUAUCGCUGAGGUUCAGGUCUUUCCGUCUGCAAAGUCCCAAAACUCCCUGGCGCCGUUACCCCUCUACGACCAGCCCCCCGUCAGCCCUUUCCCCAGCCCCGACAAAAGAGGAGCCCAGGGCUUCCCACGGUCUCCCUCGGCAAACGUUUCAGAAAACAACUUCACGUCAACUUCUCCUGGAUUUUCCCAGCCACCCCGACCCCUUCCUGAAAGCACUUCCUACGGCAAACUCAGACCUGUGCGAGCCGCCCCGCCACCCCCCACCCAACACCGCCGGACCCCCGAGAAGAUCGAAGAUGUGGAAAUCACCUUGGUGUGACCACGCUCACCCCGACCGACACCCCCCACCCCCCAUCCCAGGGCUGGGACCCAGGCCCAACCCGUCCGUCCGUCCGUCCUUCGCCCUUGUAAGGCACGUUGGUUUCAACCGAGGAGACUCUCUGAAAAGCUCGCGGUUAAAACAGGAAGAUCCUUCCAGGAACACUCGUGUGUCCAAGAGGUCCUUCUUCCCACCGUCA